CAUGAAUAUAGCACAAACCUUCACAAACUGGUAAAUCUGUAAAGCUGGUCCAUGUUGCCGUUUAUCUGAGUUUCAGCCUUCACACCCUCUUUAAACACCUUCACAAUUACACCUCAUGAUGAUUCAGUCACUUCUUGAUGUGUCGUUGACUCACAGCUUCAGAAAAAGACGACAGUAUGUAAAGUAUAUGAUGGUUCUCCACACCACCUCUGUGUCCAUCUCCUCAGAGGUGUCAGGGCAAGUCCAGCUGGAGCCCCUGAGCGCAACCGUCCUCCAGGGCUCCAAAGCCCGCUUCAACUGCAGCCUGGAGGGGGACUUUGAGGUGAUGGGCUGGCUGAUCAACGGCCGCCUGGCUAUCACCAUCUCCAUGCAGAUCGGUGUCCUGGGGAACUCUCAACGCUUCUCCGCCACCAACUUCUCCAGCGGCACCACUCAGCGCUGGGAGUUCAUCAUACGAGAAGUCCAGAGAAACGACUCCGGCACUGUCAGCUGCGAUGUCCAGAACAUCCAGACCGGGGAGGCCAAAAUGUCUGUCCAAGAGAGUGGCACGGUGGCCAUCGUCGGAGACAACGUGACGGUGACCGAGGGAAGCCUGGCCGAGCUGUGGUGCGUGGCGCCCGGCUGGUUUCCUGCUCCCGCGCUGACCUGGGCCAAGAACGGGAGUGCGGUGAACAGCAGCCUCUACAACAGCAGCAGUGAGCUCCAUGGCGACCUGUUCAACUCCACCAGCGUCCUACGGAUCCGCGCCGACGUGUCCGCCCCUGUGGAGUGUCGGGCUAGCAUACUUGCUCUGAACGCCCCGCUGACCAGCACCAUCUACAUGGUGGUUGAGGCUCCGGUUCCUGAGCCCACUGAUUGGACCGUGCUAAUAGCUGUGGUCGUAUCCAUUGGGGGAUUUGCUCUGUUGGUGUUGCUCAUUCUUGGAAUCCUCUUCUGUUGCAAACGCAGGAAAAAAGCAAAAUCAAGCUAUGAGGAAGAGAUGAGGAGAGCAAGGACACAAAGUCAGUUGAGUAUUGUCAGUGGAAGUCGACAGAAGCCUGGUCAAGUUAACCUCGGAUAUGUGGCAGACGGUCAAACAAAUAUACCUCCCAGUGAAUUCAAUGACAGUGGAUACAGCCAGACAAACGGUUCAGGAACAUUUGUAACGCACUUUCCUGAUAAUUUGAAUAGUAACCAGACUUCAAACGUUCACAUGAGAGCAACCAACACCCUCGACGGGAAUGGAAUCAAGAAUCACCGGCAUGCUACUAUAGUCUGAGGAGAGCUUACAACAUCCCUGGCUGAACUGAGACUUGAAAACUGAUAUAGCAAGCAAGCAUAAACUAUUUUACCACGACGAAACAUCAACAACCAUUUGGACAAAGCUGUAUAUGUUUCCAAAAACUACUUUAUAGAGCUUUGUUUGGAGAGAAAUCUACCAUGCUGGAUUCUGACUCCACUUAUCAACCUCGCCUUGGACCUAGGGGCCAACCUCACAACUCCUUUUAGUUCUCAAGAGAUAAGGACUUCUGUGUGGAAAGUAACCUCCUAAAGAAAACUGAUGUCACUUUUAUGGAGCACAAUGACUGAAGCACAUGUACAUCUCCUCCAUACUCCUGAUAGUUAAAUAAACUCUUAGGGAGAGUUCUGGCAUUUGAGUGCUGAAGACAUGACUCCGUGUUCUUGGACCCAUUUGUGCCAUGCCAGGUUGUGUGAUGAAAAGACUGACAAAGUGAUUGAUGCUGCGUGCUCCUAUACAGGGUGCAGUGAGUUCAACAGAGGGCUCCAUAACUCUGUCUGGUUCGAAGCUUGUCCACCCACAGCCACAUACCUAUCUACACACUGUACCUCUACCGCUGUGGCCCUCGUAAAAUCUGCCUGAUUGAAUAAGGCCUUUAUGACAGUGAGCUGCAGAGCUCAAAAAAAUCUUCCUUCCAGCUAUAAAGCUGCAUCUGGCUUCGUUGCAGUAUCCCUCUCUCUCUUUCUUUAUCUCUCUUGGCUAUAUGUAUGCUUUGUACUGGAGUUAUCAGUACAUUUUGUUAAUGACAUGCAUUAUGAAAAGAUGGAAUGCUAAGACAAGCAUUGAGAAGUGACUGAUUGAUAAGUUUGAACUUUUGUAACGUAUGCCUGAAAGGUCUUCCAUAUAAUGCUUAGCUGUUGGCCUCACCACGGAUACAUCAAAUUGAUGUCUUAAACUGAAUCUGAAAUAUACAUUUUUAUUUAUUAUCCCU